UAUUAAAUGUGGUGUAUAACAAUAUAAAUUACAUGAUUAAAAAUCUUUUAUUUUUUCUAUGUUUAAUUCUAAACAUCUCAAAAGAUAACAGCUUAAAUAGUACAAGAAAUUUACGCGUCAAGCCCGAAAAAUAUGUUCCAACACAACCUAUUCGAUGGACCGCAAAACAUGGUGAUAUGCCAUAUCAGGUGAGUUUGAAAAAAGAAUCAGGGGGACUGAGAGGAAAAAAAUUUAAAGUGAAGAAAAGUUCGCUUUACAAGUCAUUUUGUAGCGGCAGUAUUAUUGGUCCCAAAAUAGUUAUUUCGUCGGUUCAUUGUUUUGAAGACGUCAACUUUUGUCACAAGUUAUGUGGAGGCAAGAUCUCUACUCAAACUCUAUCACAUCUAUACGCAGUAGCUGGUGGGUUAAAAGAUCCAGGAUUCGUCAAACACUUUGACACGUACCAAUAUGGACAAUGGAGAAAGAUAGAACGAUUAAGACAUCCACCAGAUUAUAAAUUUCCUAAUCACGAUGUUGCUGUACUGUUUUUACGUUCUGCUUUUAAAUACAAUAAGUAUGUGAAAUCUAUACCGAUAGCAACGAAGUUUGCCGAUUAUCGCGGCAAGUGUGUAGUCGCUGGUUAUGGACCACAAAAGACAAGUUUUUUCUCAAGAAAUUUAUUUGUGGCGAGAGUUAGUUUGAUUUCGGCCCAUCAGUGCAGCAUGAAAUAUCACAAAUCUAUGAAUGGUUUUAUAUGUAUUUCACACAAAAACGCAGGCCUUGCUAAGACUGAUUCGGGCGGACCUCUGGUUUGUUCUAAGACAGGUGACCCGAAUGAAGGUACUGGAGGUGUCCUCGUCGGAGUCUUGAGUCGUGACAAAAAUAAUAUUGCACUAUUCUGUUCCCGAGUCUCUUUUUUUGCUAAAUUCAUCAACGAAUCAAUUAUUAAUUCUGGCUAUCGAUCGAAAAUUCAAAUCAUUUUAAUAAUUAUCUACAACAAGUUGUUAUUGUUAGUUAUAAUCAGAACAUUUAUUGGAUUUUAUUCCCUUUAAGCUAAUGAAGGAAUCUUU